AGUUUCAAGCGUUGUUUCCCCUUCGUUUGAGCCAUGUGUCUCUAAAAACUUAAACUGUUUAUUUCUUUCACUUUCCGCCCCGUACACUAAAAUAAAAAUUGUUUGACCUGAUGAAGCAAAACCAAAACCAAAACUCCCCCAAAUAACAAAAAACAAGAUUUUUACAGUUUGUGCCUAAUCGUAUUUUACUCUUCAUCCAUGUGCGUUUUUGUUCCCCAGCAGAAGCACAGAUGACGAUGAUGUCGACACAGCAGGAGGAUCAAAAACAACACGCCCAGCGGGCGCCGAUGACCUGGAAAAAUGCGGCGAAGCCGGGAGCGAGUACCGCACUGGGACUGGCAACCACAUGGGGAAUGGUGAGUUAUUCUUUGUAGAUGCAUUGACUCAGCUCAGACUUUGCUCACACCAGCCGCACUGCAAAGGCAUCAUUUGCUGACUAUCCUGUUUACAGCAUUGCAAAUUGAUUCCAAAACACGACUGGAAUUAUUGCCUAUCAUGGGGACGAUCACGCGCCGCGUGGUCACAAAUGUUCCUGUCAUUGUUAUUGCAAAUCCGCAUCACAAGAACUCGGGGGCGGCGGUGGGAGCCUUUUUGGUUAACAGGGUGAAAUCUGAACUACUCAAAAAAAGCUCAACGUCUAGAAAUAAAAUAAGAAUCAACUAUUGAAAAUUUUAAACUCUCUCCCACUGCUCUCUACUACUUUCAAUUUUUUUAAAACAGCGGCCACAACUCGUCGCGAGGAACGCGAAGACGAGAGCGGGUGCUACCGCGCUGGCAACAUGGCUGACGUUGUUGAAAAGUGGGCCUUUUACAACAACGGUCGAGGGAUACAAUCCGCGACCGGGAGGUGGCACAACCACAUCUACUGUCGCAAAAAUGGGACCGGAACUACAAGAUGACGAAAAUAACAACCGAGGAGACGACGAACUGCCAACAAUAACACACGUCGAACACCUAUCCAAGGAAAAAAAAUGUGUAAGUGUAACUUUCUUUAGGUGCUGACAGCAUCACAAAUUUGCUCUGCAUGACAGAGAAAGCCUGUCACGCGUGGUUUGUAAGGGAAAACACACAUGAAAAGAGGACUUGAUGGUUGUCUGGCAUGACAGGCGUGCCUCUGUUGCAUGUUUUGCAUUACAGAGUUUGUUACACUUACGCAGUUUUUUUCUUGCGAUAACACCGGCAGAGCAUUCCGGUGUCUUCGCUCGGAGGCAGGAUCAACAUCCCCGCCAGCACCUCGAGUGCUGCAGCCGCGCCACGACCUCCUACUUCUCAAAAAGAAGCUGCAGCAGCAGGAGCUCCACGCAGGGCCUCUUCAUCUGGUCGUGAAAGUACUUGGAGAGCAGCACGAUCUAGUACUUCUUCUUCUUCCUCUUCGUUCGUCGAAACCACAAGACGGGAGAGUACGGAAAAAAACCACCAGGAGCACCAGACAACCUCAACCGCGCACGACACGAACGACGAUUUCGGCUGUGAGCACGGUGCCUGCGGUGAUGAGGACUCUAGAUACGCCAAGAGAAAACUGUUUGUUCACUGUAAAGUUUACAGUGAAAGAACCUGUAGUAAUGCAGAAAAUGCAUCGCUGAAGUGUUUGUCUUGCUGUGGACCCCCAGGAUCAGGUAGACGAGGUCCCAGACCGAAGUGGUAGGCGCUUAGGGUGAACUAUGUAUGUAGGGCCCUUCCGUGCGGCCAAUUUGUAUGUCCCGCAACGGGGUUCGCCUAUGUCGGUCAUUUGUAUGUGAGGCGAUGGGUUACCCGGUCGGCAGAGCCGAUCCACAACGAACGAACGAUACACAUGCAAGACGAGUGAUUUUUCGCGGCGUUUCCCCUUAAGAUCCUCGCAUGGCGAGUUUUCUUUGUAAAAAUGUGUAGCGAGCUUGUAAUGCAAAACUUGCAAUAAAAUUCUAUACAGUGAAACAGUUUUUUCUUACGAUACUAGAGGCCCAGAGGCCACAGUCGACCUGCACUCCGCCACGAAGCCCAGGAUGCAGCCUGGAGGUCGGAAGAAAACUGCGGGGGGUCCUCCUAUGGGAGUGUCAGGAUCGAAAUCGACAAAAUCGAAAAACUUGUAAUGCAUAAAAUGCAGGGCACGCAAGGCCUGUGUUGGGGAGAAGGCAAAUGAGACCGAUAAUUGCAAGCCUGUUUAGGGGAAGAAGACGCGUUGCCAGAGAAGCAUGACAGGAGCAGUGUUCUUUGCCCAAACAGCAUGACAGACUGGAUUUUGCAGCUCCCGAAAUUUGUCAUGCGCCACUUGGAAACUGAGGGCCCAACUGGUAUCGAUUUUAUGCAUCACAAAUUUUUCGAUGUUGUUGAUUUCGAUCCUGACACAUCCAUACCUCCCCGUGCAGAUGAGGAGAAUGGCGAUGGAUGGUCGUGUACCAUUUGUAAAAACGUCUCCACCUCUUCCCCAGAGUCAAGUAGACGGGAAAUCUGCUAGACAAAUCAGCAUGCUUUGGCUGUUGCGCAUGACAAGUUCUUUGGGCGCGUAGUCGUGUGCUAGACGUCGCUUACGUUAUUUCGCGCUAGUGCAGAAGCAUCGCACAUGCAGCAUCUUACGCUGAUUUGAGCAUCACAAAUUCAGAUUCCAAAAGAACGCGUACGAGUAGAAUACUAAAACACUUCUACCACUACUCAUGGGGCUUCGCAUACGAAACAUUUUGAGCAUGCAGCUUUGCAUGACAAGAACUCUGGGCACGACCACCUGGGGACAUUUUUACACAGGAUAUCGUGUGACGACGACGACGACGACGAUGGUGGAGAAUCCGGACUGUGUAUCCUGAGUAAAAGUGUCCCCAUACCAGAGUCAAGAUGGGAAAUCUGCUAGACAAUUCUCCAAGCUUUGGGAGUUUUGCAUGACAAGUUUCCAUCUGUAGUGUACUGCUGUUUAACAAGAGAAGCAGCAUGAGAAAGCGAGCUUCUCAUCCUGUUUACAGCAUUACAAAGUCCAAAAAACGAUUGGAAAGGCCUCUCAUGGAGAUGCGCAUCACAAAUCUUCCUCUCAUUGCACAUUUGCAUGACAACUAUGGGGUGGGGACGCUUUUACAUACGAUACUGUGCCCAGGCGGGUCCUCGUCCUCAACUCGCCCCGUCGAAGCGAUGAUGGCUCCGCCCGGUGGUCGUGAACAAGUUCUAUCAAAUGUAAAAAUGUCUGGGUCUGGAACGAUGCAACUUGUGAUGCGCAUUUCACACCACACAAAAAUCUGUCAUGCAUGCAAGCCAAAAGGUGCACAUUUCCGGUCACCGAAAGAAGUGCUUUGUCAUGCGGAUGACGCAUUAGGAGACCUUCUCAAACAAAACCUGUCACGCUAGGGCGUGCAUGGUAGACCUUCUGGGUCAUGCCAAAGCUGCAUCACAUACCUCUGCAUUUUUCCAGACCCAGACAUUUUUACAUUUGAUAAGUUCAAGGAGGUGACGAUCAUGCUGGUGUUCUUACUCACCAGCGCGCGGCGCAGAUGUCUUCCAACACGGGUCGUGGUCCUGCUGCGCGGGUGGUCACUGCGAAUGCAAAUGCGGGAGUAGGGGUGCAACAACUUGAUUUCGACAUUCCCGACCGAAAUGGAGAGAUCGUCGGCCACGCGACCAUGGUCCCCGCUACCGGCGUCGUAUCCGUGACGGCCACCCAGGGAAAUACGGUGAGACAGUCUCCUAUGGAACUGUCAAGAUUGAAAUUGACAAAGUUGAAAAAUUUGUGAUGCAUAAAACCGAUCAUACCAGUUGAGAGCCCCAUUUCCAAGCGGUGCGUGACAAGUUUCUACGUCAGCGAAAUCCAGUUUGUCUUGCUGUUUAGCGAAAGAAGGCAUCCUUUGUCAUGCUACUUUAGCAGCUCUAUCUCAAACGACCCAUUGCAGGCUCACAAUCGGCCUCACUUGCAAUCCCUGCAACGCAGUCACUUCGUGCCUUGCAUUUUAUGCAUCUUCACAGAUUAUUUCAACUUUGUUAAUUUCAAUCCUGACACAACCAUAUCUCCGGGAGGACGGGCCGCAAACGGGCAGCAACUGCCCCCCGAAGUCUGGAUCGAAACCAAGGAUGGCGAAUGGGUGUUUGUCAAAGCGCCGUACGUCUCUUACGACCCGGUGACCGGGGAAGUACGAGUGCCCGACCCUACUGGUACAGCUGCAGCGACUGUGCCAACCUCUGCUCAGCAGCAGCUGUCCCGGGGAAGAAGAGGACGACGAAAUCUCGGGGGGAGACAAGAUGAGCAAGAAGAUCUAUCCUGUGCAAAAGUAUCGUACUAGUCGAAAUUGCAUUACAAAUUUCCUCAGCAUGAGAGAUAAAAUUUGUAAUGCGGACUUACAUUAAGGAAAAGAAAAAGAUUUGUAAUGCAUGACUGCAAUGCCUAGGACUACGAGUGCGAUACUUUUGCACAGGAUGAGAUCCCUUGGAAAACGAUCCGCUGAUGCAGCCCGAUCCUGAUUUGGAUCUGCAUGUUAUCCUGAGUAAAAACGUACCCACACCAGAGUUGUAAUGCAAAUCUGCAUGCUGAAAAUGUUUCUCAUGCGGAGCUCCAUGAGAAGCAUUUUCUAGUCGUGUUUUGCAAUUUGUCAUGCUCCAAUCAGCAUGGUAUGCUAGAUCUGUGAUGCUGCUGAGCUAGCUCAAACAGCACUACACUACGAAUCCAAAUUUGUCAUACAAAACGGCCAAAGCUUGUGGAUUUGUCUAGCCGAUUCCCCAUCUUGACUCUGGUGUGGGUACGUUUUUACUCAGGAUACAUGUUGGCGAGACGGGGAACUACAACAACUACCCCAAUUAUGGGCCGCCUCGUCCUCCCGCACCGCCCGCUUGGCAGCAGCAGCAGCAGCAGCAGCAGCGAUACGGUUCUGUCGCUUAUUCCAACCAGCACCUCGUGCUGGGCCAACCUGGCUUUCCCGCUGUUCUUGGUCCUGCUGUUGCAGGAGGAGCUCCGUGGGCGCCUGCUCCAGCUGCGCCGCAAGACCGAAACCGAGGGGGGUGGAACAACGACAAGAGCUGGUGGAAAGAGAACCACGGCAACCACGAGUGGAACGACGGCAACUGGGGGCGGAAAAACCACGGCGACGGGUGGAAGUACGACUACCGGGGGCGGAACAGCAAGUGGCGGCAGCCGCAGCAGCCACAGCAGCCGCCGCCGCAGCAGCAGCAGCAGCAGCUGUUGCGGCAGCAGCAGCAGGAGUUCCGGCGGGAGCAGCAGUUGUUGCAGCAGCAGCAGCAGCAGCAGCAGUUGUUGCGGCAGCCGCAGGAGUUGUGGCAGCAGCAGCAGCAGCAGCAGAUGGAGCAGCAGCAGCAGGAGUUGUGGCAGCAGUUGCAGCAGUUGCAGGAGAUGGUGCAGCAUCAGCAGAAGGAGUUGUUGCAGCUGCGGCAGCAGCAGCCGCAGUGGCAGCAGCAGCAGCGGCAGCAGAUGGAGCAGCAGUUGCAGCAGUUGCAGGAGAUGUUGCAGCGGCAGCAGCAGGAGUUGUGGCAGCAGUGGCAGCAGCAGCCGCAGCAGCAGCCGCAGUGGCAGCAGCAGCAGCAGCAGAUAGAGAAGCAGCAGCAGCAGUUGCAGCAGUUGCAGCAGUUGUUGCAGCGGCAGCAGCAGGAGUUGCGGCAGCAGUGGCAGCAGCGGGGUCCUCCUGCUCCUCAACAACGACCGCCAGAUGA